AUGGCAUCCACCAAUCACGCGUCCGCACGACUGACACGUGUCUUCCCUCGGCCAAUCAAAACGUCAGGGCUCCGCGGUUGUGUACGACUCCAGGGCGUUGCACCGCGGCAGCGCCAACUCGCCGGCUCGAGGAUUUUACUCCUCGUGUCGUUCCAAACCCCCGGCGCGGUGAUCACGGGCCCGACGUACACGAUCUCGCCCAAAUACUCCGAGGUUGAGCGCGCGGUGAUCGCGAAGGAUGAGGACGCGGACGCGUCGUACGAAGACCCCGACCCGGAUUUCGCGCCGCGAGAGUCGGCGUUGCACGCGAACGUUCGGAACCCGCUGACCGCGGCGGUUUCGGCGGUGAUGCCCGGAAACCUCGUGAAAGACCCCGCGGCGAAGCGAUUGGAGGAGAUCGAGAAGCGCCGAGAGGUGUGGCACGUGCGACGGAUGAAGGGACUGCUGACGUUGAAGGAUUUUCCGAUGACGCCCGAUCACGCGGCGGACGACUUUUCGUUCGUGAAGGAGGUGCGUUCGCGUUCACCCGUCGCUUAG